AUGAAGUUCACCGCCACCUUUCUGGCACUUUCUCUUCUCGUGGUGGCCACGCUCGCCUCACCUCCUCGGCCUCCUUCAAAACAACCUCCUCCUAAAGAUGAACAGCAGCAGCAGGUAGAACAGGAGGUGGAGCAGGAGAUUGAGCCACCGCCCCCGUCCUCUUCAGAGGACCAAGAAGGACCAGGAAGUGGCGGAAUCGUCGGCGCCGAGGACGAGAAGAUCGUCGGCGGGACGAAGGCGGGCGAGGGCGCCUACCCGCACCAGGUGUCGCUGCGCAUCAAUGGGCGGCACUUUUGCGGCGGCAGCGUCAUCAGCGCCGGUUGGGUGCUCACCGCCGCCCACUGCACCGUCGGACAAUCUCCCUCCCGAAUCUCCGUGGUCGUCGGAACGAACCGCCUGAACGCCGGCGGGCAGACGUACCGCGUGCAGCGCAUCAUCAACCACCCCUCCUACAAUCGGAACAACAACCAAAACGACAUCUCCCUGCUGCAGAUCGCCGGCUCCGGCAUUGCCCUCUCCGGACGCGUUCGAACCAUCGCGCUCGCCUCGAGCCCGGCCGCCGGCGGCGCCAGCGCCACCCUCUCCGGCUGGGGCCUGACCAGCUACCCGGGCAUGAGCCUGCCCAAUGACCUCCAGCAGAUCACCCUCAGCGUCCUCAGCUACAGUCAGUGUCGGGCCAAUCUGGCCGGCUACCCCGUCUUCCAGAGUCACGUCUGCACGCUCAAGGGCGUCGGUCAGGGCGCCUGCCAAGGCGACUCUGGCGGCCCGCUGAUCAGCGGUGGCCAGCAGAUUGGCGUCGUCAGCUGGGGCAUUCCCUGCGCCCGCGGCCGCCCCGAUGUCUUCACCUCGGUGGCCUCCUUCCGCUCCUGGAUCAAGCAGAACACUGGUGUGUAA